UUUUUAUCCAUCUUAACUUGUCACUACCACUUAUAUAUAUAUACACCAUGAUCCAAAUAUAGACUAAGAUUAUAUCUAUAUAUCUAUCAUCUAUUGCUUUAAUUUCUUACUACAAUAUGGAACCAAAAAUAGUUUUCACAAUGCUUUUAUCAUUUUCAAUGGUUUUGCAACUUGAAGCUUCAAAAGUACCCAACAUUCCUCAUAUUAGUGUCAUGGGGAUGGUCUUUUGUGAUACAUGCUCCAACAAUUCCUUCAACACCCAUACCUACUUGUUAUCAGGGGCUGAGGUUAGGAUAGAUUGCAAAUUUAUGGCAGUUUCACCAAGAACGGCAGAGCAAAUAUCCUUCUCGGUUAACAGGACUACAGACUGGUAUGGAGUAUAUAAAUUUGAUAUACCUUCUGUGGAUGGGAUUUAUUGUGCUAGAGAAGCAGCGGUUUUGAAUACAUGUAGAGCCACCUUGAUUAGAAGCAGUUCUCCAACGUGUAAUGUACCGGGCUUCAUAACUACUUCGGAUGAGUUCUCUCUUAAAUCCGAACAAACCAAUGAAUGCAUUUAUAGUAUGUAUUCCUUGAGUUUUAGACCAUCUAAGAUAGAUCUUUCCAUUUGUGGAAAGUAGCAGUUGUUAGUUUGUCUCUUUGAUCCAAUUUAUGUUACUACAUCAAAAUCUACUUGGCCAUUACAAGAUUUUAGCAAA